CCCUAGUAUUUCCUCGAGUGCCAUCUUCCUCUCUACUGAAUGAUACAUACAACUAAUCCCUCUGUCGGUCGUCCCUCCCGUUCAUCUACUGGUCGAAGUCUACUUUACAGAGCCCAGAAACACCCCGUCAACCCGACUCCAUCCACCCAACCCACAUCUCUACUUUGAAGUGGUGCAGCUAUAGACCGUAGUGAUGGCGCUCGGAACAUUAAACGGCAAAGUGGUAGUGAACGACGCGGUGGUGGUAUGCGUGCGAACGACCUGGACAGUGGUGGUAGCCGUCUUCGUCACGGCGACGGUGGGGGUCCGCGCGGUCAGCGUUUUCGUCGGCGCGGUCGUCGUUUUGGUCGUGCAUACGUCUGUCGUUUCCGUGCUGGGCGAGGGGUGGGGUUAGUGGCGAGUUGAGCGAAUGACGCUUUUGGGUUGCGGCGGGGGUCACUUACACGUGGCAGAUCACUUUGGAGGG